AAUCCGAAAGGAACUCGACGUCACUACCCCCGAGUUUGAGCUCUGCCCCGUUCGGUUUGACCACUCUCUUGUCUCCGCUGCUACUGGAAUUGGGCUUGCGAUUUACCAGUUUAAGGAAGGGCGGCUAUAUCUUGGCUGCUCCUCCAGUCAUCAGCAAUAGCGGAACGAGGAGAGCCUUCUGAUAGACUUCUUGCCUUCAGCUUACCCCAGGGCAAUUCUCCCCCUAUCCUCCCCCCCACCCCCCAACUUAAAACUUUUUGCCCUGACUUGCUUUAGUGAAGGGAUCCUAUGAAUAGCAGUAUCUAUCUCUAUCCUCAAAGUUUUGGUGAUGUUUCACUUCAUUAUGAAUAAACCGGAAGUUCCUGUGUAUGCUGUCCCUCAAAGUAGGAAACUAAGGGCCCCCGAAUAUUCAUUCUGAAAGGUAUGAAACACCAAAGAGAGUGCUGAAAAUGGAUUUAUUGUCAUCUACCUUCAGUUCUCCUAAUGAUCCAGAUGGACAGAAUGAUAUCUUUUGGGAUCAAAAUUCUCCAAUGACAAAACAGUUAGGUAAAGGAAGAAGAAAACAGAUUUACACUACAGAUAGUGAUGAAAUCUCACAUAUUGUUAAUCGUAUUGCUCCUCAGGAUGAAAAACCAACAACAAACUCCAUGCUAGGCAUGUGGAUUGGUGCAUCUGCUAUUCCUUGUACUCCUAGUGUAGCAAAAGGAAAAUCAAGAGCAAAAAUCAGCUGCACAAAGUUAAGAACACAAACUCAAGAGGAAGAACUUAUGAAAUUGGCUAAGCAAUUUGAUAAAAAUAUGGAAGAGCUAGAUGUGAUUCAAGAGCAAAAGAAGAGAAAUCAUGAUUUUAUCCAGAUGAUUUCAGAAGCAGAGACUUUAAGUAAUUAUAAAGAUAAUGUACAGAUGCAGUUAUUACAUGACAUAGUUCCAGAAAUAGAUAAUGCUAUAAUGAAGAACCCAAUGAAAGAAAACACCAAAAUGUCUGUGGUAGAUGAUCAAAAUAGUCAGAAGCCAUUUGACCAAAAUGCUGAAGCAGCUUUUAAUGCCAUUUUUGAUGGCUCUACUCAGAAAUGUAGUGGACAGUUCAGCCAAGAUCUGUCAGAUGCUUUUUUGAACACAAGUAAUACUACCUUUGGAAAGAAAGGCGUUUUGAAAGAGGAGAAAAUCAUUACUAAUGAAACUCUGGUCACUGAAAAACUGCCAGAUAAAACCCCAGGAUCACUUUCUUGUCAAGUAGAUACUCCUGGAAUGACAGAAUCAUGUGUGACUUCUUAUACUGAGAAGCCAGAAACUUUUAAUGAACACCUUGAUGCAUUUCCUACCAAUGAUUUUGAGGAUGAUUGGGAAAACUUACUAAAUAAUGAACCUUUUGUUAUGCAGAAUAUCAAAAUGUGUGAACUUCUCCCUGCUCCUAAAACAGCCCAGAUUGCUGAUCAAAAGAGAACUUGUAACUUUAACAAUAAAAAUGAUAAACAUAAGUCAAGAAUGAAUACAAGCCUAGAUGCCAGGUUAAAGGAUUCAAAAAUUGUACAAGACCUCCCUUCAAAGACCCAUAACAGGGAAUUAAUAGAUUCUGGAAAAUAUAGAUUUUCACUAAAUCCAAAUGAUGAACCAAACACAUUACCAUCCACCGGAUAUAUAAUGAAACUUGAUAAAUCUUUCAAGAAAAUUGUUCAAGACUGUUCAGCUCCAUCUAAUCUGACAAAAGUAAAAGAAGAUAUGCAUACUAAAUUUACUUCUAAUGUAAAUACUUUUGAAAAGUCUACUUUGAACACAGGAUAUUCUAAAGAACAAGAAAAUAAGUCUAUUUUUAAUCAGUCUUUUAAAGCACCUGCUAAUAUAAAUCCUUUUGGCUUUGCAACUUUGGGGAAUGAAACCAGUGUUUAUAAUCCAAAUCAGACUAAUGCAUCAAAGUUAGGUUCUUUCUUUGAUGAUUGGAAUGAUCCAUCAUUUGCCAAUGAAAUUGUUAAAGCAUGCCAUCAAUUAGAGAAUACCUGGGAAGCAGAUGAUGUAGAUGAUGAUUUAUUAUACAAAGCAUGUGAUGAUAUUGAAAGACUAACUCAGCAACAAGACAUUAGAAAGGAUAGCAAAAUAUCAGAAAGUACACUUGAGAUCAAUAAUAGUUCCAAACAUGGAGCCAAAAACAUAUUUACUGCAUCUAAACAAGAAAGUCAGUUGGUACAAUCGAAGGACUUGAAUCUGAGCAGCAUUUCAGGGCACACAUCUUUCACAAAUCGCCCACAGUUAAAUAAACCAGUAAAGAUGGAUAAAGGGGAAAUCUGUGGAAACUCUCCAACUCUUUUAGGUGCUACAACAAAUUUGACAAUAUAUCCUAAGAACUCAAAUUGUCAUAUCAAUAAUCUGCAUUUCUCCUGGAAUAACACUGAUGUUCCAAUACAAGUGAAAAGUCCACAAUCAGUUCUUAUGGGAAGUUCAGGUUUGAAUGUGAGUUCGGAUUAUAGGAAUACAGAAACUGCUACUUACAAGAAGAAAUUAAGUACUCCACAUCUAUCCCAUAGUAGUACAACAGAUGGAGGAGGUCAGAGUGGCCUUGAUGGAGCAGUUAGAUUUCCUAAGUAUACAUUUACAAAGAUGAAAAAUUCUCAUGUUCUUUCCCAGUUUAAUCGAAACUGUAUACCAGGAAAUAUUUCUGAUAUCAAAAUUACACAGGGUUUGGAGAAAAAUAAAACUGUCAACCCAUUUUGUGGGAAGGCUAUUCAACAACAGUGUUCGGUGAAACAUUCUGAAUCUUCGAAACAACCUUCAAAAGAGGAAGAAGAGAAAAAUAAAAAGUAUUCUCCUGAAGAAAUUCAAAGAAAAAGACAAGAAGCACUGGUUCGAAGAAUGGCCAAAGCACAGGCAUCAUCUGUAAAGGCAGCUCCUACUUAACUUGAUUUCUUUUAAGAAAUAUUAUUUGGAAGACUUAACAAAGACAGUUAAUAACUAUCUAUGAUAGGAAAUAUUCUUUCUUGAUUUCUCUGUGAGAAAUUUAAUGCUGAGCUAUAAAGCAUGGACUUCUACUUUAUUUAAUAAAUCAGUGUUUGCAAUGGUUAAUGAAACUUUUCCUUAGAGAGGUAUGUGAAAGGAAUUGCAUAUAAGUUUUUAGAAAUUCAGGAAAGUUAGCAAUUAUGGUAUAAAAUUAUGCAGAGUAAAGGAGGUUUUUUUUUUUUUUUUUCAGAUAUCGUGAAUCAUCUAAAAAUAGGUAGUCUGCUAAUUUUUUUAUUACAAUAACUUCCUAAUACAAAGCUUCAGCUUACUAAGUAAAUGAGACUUUUUUUUUAAUGUUUAUUUUUGAGAGACAGAGUGCGGGCAGGAGAGGGUCAGAGAGAGAGGUAGACACA